AUGCUGUUUGCUUACAAUACUCCUGCUGAACACCUCCUGUACCCCGCCGCGCGCGCCGUUGCGGCAGCAUCCCUCAAAGUGUCCCGGGGCGAGGAGGUCCCGGAGUACGAAGACUUGGCUACCAAGUACAACUUGCUUGCUCGCCGAGAGGCAAAGCGGAGGGCGCCGUCGGCCGCUGGGUCCACGUCUGUGGCUGCAGCGGCCGUGAGCACGGAGGCUCUGGCCGAGCUGAUACGUCGACAGAACGAGAUCCUGCUGGAUAUACGGGCUGAGCUGAGCGCGAUGCGGGAGAGGUCCGGGGCGGGGACGCCGCAGGUGGAAGACUCGGACGUGUAUGAGGAUGAUUAUGGGUUCGAUCCGGAAGGGGAGGGAGGAGCGGACUGA